AUGACUGCAACGCACCGGAAGCGGCGCGCUGAGAGGCUCGCGGGUGCGGCGGAGACGGUCAGUCCGGGAGGCGCUGGGAGGGCUUCCUCAGGGUUGUGGGCUAGGAAGGCCGCCGCAAGGUGCCUCCUCACAUACCCCUCGCGGGCCCAGCAGGCCAACAGCGUGGGGCGGCGGCGACGUCGACGGCCGGGGCUGGGAGCGCUGGCGGCCGGGGUCCCAGCCAUGGCCGAGUCUGUGGAGCGGCUGCAGCAGCGGGUCGAGGAGCUGGAGCGGGAACUGGCCCAGGAGAGAAGUCGCCGGGCCCUGGGGGGCGGCGAUGGAGGAGGCGGUCGGGCCCGCAUCGAAAAGAUGAGCCCCGAGGUGGUGGAUUCCAACCCCUACAGCCGCCUGAUGGCAUUGAAACGAAUGGGAAUUGUAAGUGACUAUGAGAAAAUCCGUACCUUUGCUGUAGCAAUAGUAGGUGUUGGUGGAGUUGGCAGUGUGACUGCUGAAAUGCUGACAAGAUGUGGCAUUGGUAAGUUGCUACUCUUUGACUAUGACAAGGUGGAACUGGCCAAUAUGAACAGACUUUUCUUCCAGCCUCAUCAAGCAGGAUUAAGUAAAGUUCAAGCAGCAGAACAUACUUUGAGGAACAUUAAUCCUGAUGUUCUUUUUGAAGUACACAACUACAAUAUAACCACAGUAGAAAACUUCGAACAUUUCAUGAAUAGAAUAAGUAAUGGUGGAUUAGACGAAGGAAAACCUGUUGACCUAGUUCUUAGCUGUGUGGACAAUUUUGAAGCUCGAAUGACAAUAAAUACAGCUUGUAAUGAGCUUGGACAAACAUGGAUGGAGUCUGGGGUCAGUGAAAAUGCAGUUUCAGGGCAUAUACAGCUCAUAAUUCCUGGAGAAUCUGCUUGUUUUGCGUGUGCUCCACCGCUUGUAGUUGCUGCAAAUAUUGAUGAGAAGACUCUGAAACGAGAAGGUGUUUGUGCAGCCAGUCUUCCUACCACUAUGGGAGUGGUUGCUGGGAUCUUGGUACAAAAUGUGUUAAAGUUUCUGUUAAAUUUUGGUACUGUUAGUUUUUACCUUGGAUACAAUGCAAUGCAGGAUUUUUUCCCUACUAUGUCCAUGAAGCCAAAUCCUCAGUGUGAUGACAGAAAUUGUAGGAAGCAACAGGAAGAAUAUAAGAAAAAGGUAGCAGCACUGCCCACACAGGAGGUUGUUCAAGAAGAGGAAGAAAUAAUACAUGACGACAAUGAGUGGGGUAUUGAGUUGGUAUCUGAGGUUUCAGAAGAGGAACUGAAAAAUUCUUCAGGUCCAAUUCCUGACUUACCUGAAGGAAUUACAGUGGCAUAUACAGUUCCGCAAAAGCAAGAAGAUCCUGUACCUGAAGUAACAGUGGAAGAUUCUGGUGAAAGCUUGGAAGACCUCAUGGCCAAGAUGAAGAACAUGUAAAUAAUGGACUGGCCUGUAUUGUAUUUCCUGUGUCUAAACCUGUUCCCUAGCAAUUAAAAAGAAAAUCAUUUAAAACUGAGAAAACUUAGGGCAACAUCAGUUGAUGUAUAAUCUUCACUGAAUUGUUAUACUGUUUAAAAAUGCUGUGACUAUUGCUUGUUACUCCCCCCCACCUUCAACUAAAUCAGAAACUCUCCUAAAACUCAUGUUUCAUUCUAGUAAGAAAACUUCAAAGGAUUAUUGCAGGCAGUUAUAAAUCUUAUUUAAAACUUAGCCAUUGAACUGUUUUGGCCUUUUGGGAGGGGUGGGAAGAAAGGACCAAUUUGAUUUGCCUGAGGCCAUGGACAACAGAAUAGUGUGUGGUCAAAUAUAGGGAAAGGACAAGAGGUACAACCUAUUGAUUAGAGCCAGCAGGCAUCUACUCAUUGUGUUUGGAAUUGCUCUCUACAGGAAAACUGCCCACUACUACUAACUUGAGCAACAAUGAAUUUCAAAUAGUAAACCUAUAAAAUAAAAACAUCCUUUCAAAUGUUUCCUGAUGAAACACAAGCUGAAAUACAGUCAUUGGAAAAGUUUGUAAACCUCUGAAUUAUAUAUUCAAAACAAGACAGAGGCAAAUAAGAGGAAGCUUUCUUCAUGGAUAGACAGAUAAAGAUAUUUUCAGGAUGUACAAAUUAUAUUUCUGCACUGAUUAAGAAAAAGCAUAUCAUCUAUGGAACAUAUAUCUGAGUCAGUGUGCUUUAUUGAGCAAAAGAUAAAUUUAGGCUAAGAUCAUCUAAAUUAUACCCAUCAUAUGGGCUACCUUCUAAUACUUUAUUUUAUUUGAAUUUGAUUCCGUGGGUAAUUAGACAUUGGCAAAGGUUUGUCCUGGUUAACAGACAAUAAAAGAGGUCUAAAUUGCCUCUGCAAUGACUGACAUGUAUUUCUUCACAGGGAAGAGUGUAUUUUCCCUGAUUGUGACCACUAAAUCGUAAUUUGAUAAACUGGUUUUCUCUGGAUUUUGCAUACAAAUAAUGAAGACUUAGAGAACGUUGUUUGAAAUAAAUUCCUAAUGGUUUGGAGACUAAUAAAGACACCUGCAUGUGUAACCAUUAUCUGUAGGCUGGUACUAUGCUAGUCUCCUAUUUUGAUGACUUUUUUGCUCUGAAAAGAUAUAAAUGUCUAAAUUCUAUGUCUAGGAGGAAAAUGUCAUUAAAAAAUUAAAAGUGCAUUUCCCACUUGUAAAGUAAAAUUCUAAAAAUAAUUUCAGAAAGCCCCAAAUAUCAAAUAUGUUUAAUAUAUUAGCUUUGAGAUUUUAGCAUACUGCGAUUCUUAUGUUUAGAGUGAUGUCAGGAAAGUAUGGGGAUAGUUUUUCUAGCCUUGAAACAUAUUUACGUUGCCUUAGUAGGUCAUUUGUUGUUUAAAUUUUUCGUGUAGUCAUCUGUAAAAUAACUUUUCUAGUUUCUAGAGAUGCUUUGAAUUUCAAAAAAGAAAUGCAGUCUUUCUAAGUCCCAUUCCUUUGGUAUACUAAUUUGGUACCUCUGGUACACUAAUUUGGUAAGGCUUUUACUUAUAAGUUUAUAUAGUUUGAUAAAUAGCUAGAAUCUACUAUCCUUUUUUAAAAAAAUUUUUAUUGGAGUAUAGUUGAUUUACAAUAUGCGUUAGUUUCAGGCGUACACAAAUUGAAACAGUUAUACAUAUACAUAUUAGAACCUGCUAUCUUCUAAAGACCUUUUUUUAUCUGUUCUUAAUUUGGCACUGUACCCUGCUGGUGUCUUAUACUGUACCAAAUCUUAUCUAAUUUUUUUGUCUUAUAUCUUCCAUUAAAGUUAUUAUUUUAGCAGAAAAAAUCUGGUAACAAGUAUCUUUUGUAACCUAGAGAGCUCUCUUGACAAUCUGUAUGCCAUGAAAACUUGUAUAUAUGUAGGCAGCUAUGAAAAAUUAAUCAUCACUGGAUUUUACAUUACUAAAUAAACCCAUAGUGCUUGACCAGAUUUAUAACACUAUUGUUUCUAGUGUGAAAGAUGGAAACACUCCCAAAAUUGCCUUAGCACAAAGGCUCUAAAUUACAGUAAAACAAACAAUAUGUUCAACUUUAAUCCCUUGUUAAUUGUUAGUGGGAAGUUAAUUUGUGGUAUUACUCAAAUGCUUUAUGUAAAUAGUAAAAAAAAAAAGUAAUGUAGUAUGCGUUUCUUUAUGUAAAAUUACUCCCUGAAUACCUAUAAACACACUGACCAACCCAAAAAGGUAAUAAACAUUUAACAAUAUUAAUGAAGCUUUGACCACCCCAUCACAUUUUUUUAAAUAUUUUUCUUUCUGUAAAGUAUUAAUGAAUGAAAAUUAUAACUACCAUAGUUUGGAGCCUACCAAUUCCGAUUUAUAAAUGUCUGAAAGCUACAUUUUUCAUUGUGAAAGGUGUAUAUUAAUGUGCACAUAAUUAUCCUAUUUGAGUACCUCAAAUACAAAGAAAUGACUGUCUCAGCUAUUUUUAUCUUUUUAAGUAGGCAUUCUACAUGAAAACAUUUGAGUUGAUAGUAUAAUUAGACCAAAAUAUAGUCCUUUUUUAAAAAUAUAGUCUGAAAUUAUAUUUAAACUUAAACCUUUUGAAGUAGUCAUCAUCCCCCAACAAACUUACCAUAAAGUCACUUUGAAUAAUAUGUUUUCACUUUUUGUAUAUUUUUUAAGUCCAAAUUUUAUAGGAACAAAGAAAGAAAUGCAUAUUAUUCUUUUGCUAUUUUUUCCUUUUUUCAGGAUUCUUCUAAAAUAUUAAUCUCAGAUUAUUUCCUAAAGUUUAAGCCAUUUAAAUUUAAUAUAUUACUUAUAGUGUGUUAAAUUUCUUAUACCACUAAAUAAUCAAAUUUUAAACUCUAAAAGAUUAAUUCUAAAAUCAAUGUCUGGUAUAUUUGAAUUCAAUUACUUUGUGCCCUUCACAGCUAGUAUAUUUGUGAAUUCAAUUACUUUGUGCCUUUCACAGCUGGCCAUAACCAGAAAGAUGUGUUAUGGUUAUAUUUAUCUUCUUUUUUCCCUCUUGAAUUUCUCCCAGAAGGGGGAAGAAUGAUGCUUAUUUUGUAAGAUCCUACCUCAUUUCUUUUAAGUCACCACUCUCGUGCCUUAGAAUUAGACCACUGUUUCUCAAACAUAUGUGCAUAUGAAUCUGGGGAGAGGCUGUCUGAAUUAAUUAGCUCUCAUGUGGCGCUGAUGAUCCUGGUUCACAGACCACCUUGAGUAGCCAAGCCUUAGAGAACAUGAACCAAAAUCCUACGGAGUCACUGAAGCUCAAGUUGAGCAAACUACUCAGUGAAUACUGACAACAUUCUAGUCUUUUUUGUAAUGUUCAACAUUUUUCUUAAUUAUAUAAAUAUAAUCCUCUUGUAUUAUUAUAUUAUAAAUAAAAGACACAUUUUUCAUUUUCAACAAGAA